CUGGGCCGGUUUUGAGGUCGCAACAAAGCCCAGUCCCUUGCCGGCCCACCGGCCCAACCUCAUGGCAGAGAGAAGGGCGAGACUGUUAGGUGGGUUUUACAAAUCGGAACUUCUCGUUCAGGGACACCCCAUGAUUCCAAGCAUUGAAGGCUCUGCUAUUUCUUGUUUCUCUUCGUAAUUUCGAAUCUGCAAUGGUCCAAUCCCUAGGAAUGUUGAAAUGAAAGAAAGGAGCACCACAUCCACACUAAAGCGCAUUUUGGCAAAUUGUGCAGCUCAGGCAGAAGAUUAUGGGAGUUGCAUUGCUGCCAAAGUUCCUCAAGUUGAACGUGACAUGUGCCUGAAAGAAUUUCUUGCACUAAAGAAUUGUAUGCAGAAUACGCUCAGAGGAAAGGUUUAGUCUGAGCUUAUAAUACCAAAGUGUCAUCUACAAAUCUCAGAUGCAAUGGCUGAAAGAAUUGUUCUGGAAGCUAAUGAGCUUGGAUUAGGAUUAUCUACUGUACCACAUGCUUUAUGCUGAGAAAUUACACUCUAGAAGCUGAAAGGCAAAGAACUAAGAAAAAUGUUUGGGAAAGCAUCGAGUUCCCAGUCUAGUGUUGGUUUGACUGGAUCUGGUGCUCUUUCACAUGCCUAUAUUCAGCAUCCACCUCUAAGAUGUAGUAUUGCUGGGUCAAGUGGUCUGUAUUAUGAUGAUGGAAAUAAGCUACUACUGUCAUCAACAUCCGAUCAGGUCUUCUCAUGGAAAACUGUUCCCUUUGGCCCUCUUGUUUCUCCUGCUGCUGAUUCAAUUAGCGAGGGGCCCAUAUUAUCUAUUCGAUGUUCUUUUGAUGCAAAAAUUUUAGCACUUCAGCGAUCUAAGCAUGAGGUCCAGUUCUGGAUUAGAGAAAAGAAGGAAAUGUUUAGUCAGAGGUGCAAGCCUGACUCAGAGAGUAUACUGGGUUUUUUUUGGACAGAUUGUCCAAUUUGUGAUAUUGUAUUUGUAAAGACCAGUGGGCUGGACUUGUUCUCAUUUGAUUCUGUGUCAAAAUCACUCCACUUGGUGGAUACAAAGAAAUUGAAUGUUAGUUGGUAUGUCUAUACGCAUGAAAGUCGCUUGGUUCUUCUUGCUUCAGGAAUGCAGUGUAAGAGCUUUAGUGGAUUUCAGCUUUCAUCUGCUGGUAUUAUUCGUUUGCCAAAAUUUGAGAUGAUAAUGGCUAAAUCUGAGGCAAACAAUAAACCUGUCCUCGCCGCUGAAGAUGUUCAUAUUGUUACUGUCUAUGGUAGGAUAUACUGCGUGCAAGUUGAUAGAGUUGCAAUGCAAGUCCACUUGUAUAGGUUUUACCGUGAUGCUGUUGUACAACAGGGUUCUUUACCAAUAUAUUCAAGCAAGAUUGCUGUGAGUGUGGUUGAUAAUGUGCUGCUUGUUCAUCAAGUGGAUGCAAAGGUUGUUAUACUGUAUGACAUAUUUGCAGACUCCAGAGCACCUAUAUCUGCUCCACUUCCCCUACUAUUGAGGGGUUUCCCUAAGGCUAAUGUUUCAUCCUCCAAGUCAAGUGGUAAAGAUGCUGGAAGUUCAGAAGCAAGUGUUAUAAGUGAUAAUCAAGCAAUUGUCUAUGGAGAUGGCUGGACUUUCCUUGUUCCUGAUCUUGUUUGUGAUGUUGUUAAUGGAUUUUUAUGGAAAAUCCAUUUGGACUUAGAGGCUAUCUCUGCAAGUAGCUCAGAAGUGCCAUCAGUGCUAGAAUUUUUACAGCGGCGGAAGUUGGAAGCCAAUAAGGCUAAACAAUUGUGCUUGGCAAUGGCACGCACUGUCAUUCUGGAGCGUAGACCUGUUGCCAUGGUUGCGAGGGCACUGGAUGUAAUAGUUACCUCUUAUUCACAUUCAGUGAAAAUGGGCAACUAUCAUAAGGGGGUAAAGGCUGAGAGAACUUCAUCUUCUGGCAUGCCAAAUAUGAAUACCCAGAGAACUGUGGCUGAUGAAUCCACUGGUACAGUAGGUGCAAUAGGUAAAAUUAUCAAGCAUGAAUCUGGUGGUAGAGAGGAUGGUGAAUCUCUUAGUAGAUCUUUAACCUUUUCAGCUUCAGACUCUGAGGAGAAUACCAGCUCUGAGCCUCUGAAAUCCAACUCAGGUGAUCUUUAUUUUGGUGGAAAAACUGGCAGAGAUGGUUCCAAGGCUUCUGAAACUUCUGGUGUCAAAUUCCAGCCAUCAUCUUUACAAUCUCAAGCCCCUGGGCAAAGUCACAAUCCAUUGAAUGAUAAAAUCUCUGAGCAGCAGGAGUCUCAAGUUAUUUCAGCCGCAAUUUCACCCGAUGAAAUGUACAGCUUUGUAUUUGCUCCAGUUGAGGAAGAGAUGACUGGAGACCCUUCUUACUUAAUUGCUAUCAUUGUUGAGUUUCUUCGCAGUUGUAAUGUGGAAAAAAUUAAAGUACAUUCAAAUCUCUACGUGCUGACUAUACAAUUGCUAGCGCGCAAUGAUCGAUUUGCAGAACUUGGGUUGUUCAUCAUAAACAAGAUUCUUGAACCCUCAAAAGAAGUUGCGUUGCAACUGCUAGAAUCCGGUCGUCAUGAUUUUCAAACAAGAAAGUUGGGUUUGGACAUGCUGAGGCAGCUCUCUUUACAUCAUGACUAUGUUUCAUUACUUGUGCAAGAUGGAUAUUAUCUUGAAGCUCUACGUUAUGCAUGGAAGAAUAAGGUCAGCACCAUCCGGCCCUCAUUGUUCCUUGAUGCAGCGUUUGCUUCCAAUGACUCACAACAUCUAGCUGCAGUUCUGAGAUUCUUUUCAGAUUUUAUUCCUGGCUUCAAAAACACUUCAGAUCACAGCAGAUACUACCACACUCUCAAUGAGAUGAACUCGUCCGCCACGGGUUGACAUGUUUGAUACGUAUUAGCACAUGGGUCUCCAAGAUUUUAAUUAUGUGGUGCUCGUGUGAUUAUGAUCAGGUUUUUGCAGUGCCUAAACAACACAGUAUAUAUCAGAUACCAUCUGAACCAUGGAAUGUUAUAAAAGGUACAAGCUUUUCUUUUC